UGUCACAGCCGGCAGCUCCAAGCUGUGCUUAGAAAUCGCUUGACUGAGCUCAGAGGGGCUGUCUCCGGAUUUUGUGAAGCUAGCUGCUUAGUGCUGUCGAUUCGUUUGUUUAAGUUAGCGUUACUUUUUCAUAGCGGUUUGCUUUGGUUUUCUCAAGUAUAUGCCCACUGGAGCAGGAGAAAGCCAGAGAAAAAGGGCAGAUUUCGUGUACAGGUGGAAACAGGUUCUCUGGGAGAUUUUAAACUACAGAAAUGAAACUUCGGCUUGUUUUAGAUUGAAAAAAUGAGUCUCUGUGCUCCAAAGAGCUAAAGUGAACUGUUGUUUUUUGUGUUUUUUUUUCCAUAGGUUCGCCAUGUGUUAAUAUCAGUCUUCGCUCUGUACUUCUGGCGAAGAACAGAAUAUUUAUUGGUGACUGUGCUAGGAAAGGAGAUGUCCCAGGAAAUGCCUCAAACUAUAAGCCAAAUGGUCAAUACCACUUGUGCUUUGCAUGGAAAAAGCAACAACGCCCAGUUGGGCGGUUCCUGUGAGUGUGACUUGAAAAGGAAGGCAGGCCACUAUCAAGAAAAAAAUGUUAUUGCUCAGCCAGUAUUUGUUUUUGAAAACAGAGAUCAGGCUUUUAAGAGACCAGCUGAAGACACUAUUGACAAAGUAGAACAUGGACUCCCUGGCUCUUCAAGAAAGCGUGCCCGAUCUUCAUCUUUCACUUUCCACACAGCAGAUACCAAGCAAGAGUCAGCACCCUCCCAAAAACGAAUGAGAUCAUCUUCCUUCACUAUCCUUCCUACAUUUCCCCCCUCCCAGCCAGUUAAGAAAAAUAAUGUUUUUAUGACCACAACUGCUUCACAAUGGAAUGUUGACAUUGCCAGGACAGAAAAAGGCCCUUGGGAGCGUAGUCAACGAUGUCCCAUUCUAAGACCUGCCAUUUUGCAACCACCUCAAUCUCAGAAAUGUGUAGGAAGAAAUGCAUUUGAGCAUGCCAAGGCCAAGGAAUUUUACAAGACCAGUGAAAAAUCAAAAAAUGAGCUUUCUGAAGAGAAUCCUCAUAUGCAGAGUGAAAAUUCAGCAAGUACUCACCCCUUACUCAAAUCAUGUACUAGCUCAUACCUUUUAAGUCCUACCCCAAUAAGAAGUCAACUAAAUGAAGACAGACAUUCUUUACAAAGCCAUAGUUCCAAUUUCAUUUUUGGAGAAAACAUGAAUGAGAGAGUUUUGAGUCCACAAAAAUUCACUGAGCUUCACCAAGAAAAGGAUCCAUACAAUAAAGAAAAGCCAUUCACUUCCUCUGUGUCUUUUCCUCUCCACUUUUCAUGGACAAGCUCUUGUAAAAAUACAACUCUGAAGGAAUCAGCAGCUGCAUUUUCCUCCAAGUCAUCACCAAAAUGUAUACUGGAGAAAAUUGAAGUUAUAACAGGAGAGGAAGAAGAACAUAAUGUGUUAAAGAUCAACUGCAAACUCUUUGUAUUUAAAAAGACAACACAAUCUUGGACUGAAAGGGGCAGAGGAACUUUGAGACUUAAUGACACAGCAAAUAAUAACUCUGGGAUGCUUCAGUCAAGGCUGAUUAUGCGAAAUCAAGGCAGUCUAAGGCUGAUCCUCAACAGCAAACUCUGGGCACAAAUGGAGAUACAAAGAGCAAGUCUCAAAAAUCUACGCAUCACUGCCACAGAUUUAGAUGACUGGUCCAUCAAAAUAUUUUUAAUUCAGGCAAGUGCCAAAGAUGUUGGAUGUCUUUACGCAGCAAUACAUCACCGUCUUGUUGCACUAAGAACCUUUUAUAAACAGGAACUGGAUGUAAAUGAAAUUGAAACUGAGUCAGAAACAGUCAUCCAAUUAUUAAGCUGUGAUAGUUGUGAUGAAGAUGAUGAUAUGCUUAAAGUCACCACAGAUCGAUCAGAUCCUUCCAGAUGGAACCACAGAUCACCAGUUGCCUGCUCAUGACAGCUACCUUUGGUCCUGAUUACAGCUACAGAAAGACCAUUGAAAAUCCUCAACCAUCCCAACUCACCUUCUAGUGAGGAAAAUCCUAUAUAUUCAUUGAAAAGGUUUAAGGAAAUUAGUUUUCAAGAGCAUUAGAAUUUGGUCUGCUUCAAACUUUCCCACUUAUGGAUUUUAAUAAUCAUAUUCCUACUGCUUUAUAUUUGGACUAAUCUGAAGAAAAAUUACCAGAAUUUAUGAAGUAUCUCACAGGCUUCAAACGCAUCAUUUCCAGAGGCGUUAUUUCAGAAUAUAACUGAUGAGAAUUAUUCAUCACAUUGAUGGAUAGAACAAUUAAAGCUAUGAAUUAUUAGAUUUAAUAAAUGUCUAAUUCAAACAUUUUUUUCUCCAUCAGUGACCUUCCUUAUAUUACAGAAAAUUCUGUCUUUCAAAAAAUGGCACUUCGGACUAAACAAGAUGGAAAAAAGAACGUGAGCCAUUCAUCUCCUGUAGAUUUAAAGAUACCACAAGUUCGAGGCAUGGACCUUUCAUGGGAGUCCCGCACUGGUGACCAGUAUAGCUAUGGUUCUUUAGUCAUGGGUUCACAAACGGAGAGUGCGCUUAAUAAAAAGUUAAGGGCUAUUCUUCGAAAACAAAAUAGAAGAAGUAUACUGGAUGCUGGACUGGAUUCUCGGGGCUCAGAUGCUGAGCAGUCUACCUCUGGACAGCCAUAUCCCACGUAGGAUCAAGAAGGAGACCCCGGCUCCAAGCAGCCUCAGAAGAAAAGAGGGAGAUAUAGACAGUACAACAGUGAAAUACUGGAGGAAGCAAUCUUGGUGGUUAAGAGUGGAAAAAUGAGUGUUUCCAAAGCUCAGAGUAUUUAUGGAAUUCCCCACAGUACACUGGAGUACAAAUGGAUGACAAUCGAGCAGCAGAAGAAUUAUCUAUCCAUGAAAUAAAUAUUUCAUAGACUUCAAGGAUUGUUCCUUUAAAAAUGCUAUCGUAAGUCUCAUCCAAGUCAUAAAACAAUUUUUACCUUGCUCUUUAUUUUCCACUUAGAUAUAUGAAUUAAUAAAAUAUUAAACUUGUGUGUUCACAGUAACAAUGAGCUUUUUAAACAAAAAUAUUUAAAUAUAUAUCAUAAUAGUAUCAAAGUCUCAAAAAUGUUAACUGCUUUUCAGUUGUUAUUCUCUAAGUUAUUUCAAUAAAGUUAAAUUAUUUGCCUUAGCAUCAUUUAAGGUAUAAUCAUAAAAUUAUAAUACUUUUAUUUUAAUACCUAAAAGAACUUAUCCAAAUGAGGCUUAUCCUUCAAAGUCCUCAUCUUGGGAUUUAUCCCAGUAAUGCUACUAUUUGCCUAAGAUUUUUGUUUUGUUUUUAACUAUUUUGGAAUUAACUAAGGAAUUGAUUUAUGAGCUAACCAAGACAGCAGUUUUAUUACUUUGUAGUUAUAAUUUAAAAAACACAAACAAAAACAACAAACGUAAAACUAAAUUGCUCAGUUUAAAUAUCAGAUUUGAUUUGGGUAACUUUUUGAAGUUUCUAAAAAUUACCUCUACUCUCAAAGGAUAGUUUUGCUACUAUUAAAAAUACAUAAAAAGAAUAGCUCUGAAAACAAGAGUUAAAAAAAGUUUUGAGCCAAAGUAGCAUUGUAAUGAUUGUUGUAUAGUGUUGCAGAUUCAUUACUUUGGGUGGCAGGGCACUUACUUGUAUAGAUGAUGUGUUAUUUUUGUAUUUUAAAUAUAGUCACAUUAUCAUAUAGGCCAGGGGAUUUUAAUCUGGGUUCCUUGGUCUCUCAUGUAUAGGUUUCUGGGGAUCUGUGACCUUGGAUGGAAAAUACAUACACACACACACACACACACACACACACACACACACACACACACACACACAUACAUACAUAUAUCUUUUUACUAAUCUUUGGCUUCCUUAUCCUAUGUAUUUAUUUUGUACAUUUAAACCAUUAUUCUGAGAAGGGAUCCAUAAGUUGUACCUGUGAACCCCAAACCCCAAGAACCCCAAGAACUCCAAUUUAUUAUCUAAGAAAGAAACAAAAAAAAUUAGGGUAGAUGUGUCCACAGGUUAAUUUCUCUCAAGCUGGCUUGACAUGCAUUGCAUGGGAGUUCGGUCCAAAACUGGGCCCCCCUAAGGAGGCCAUUUCAGCACUGGCUCAAGAAGGAUUUUGGGAUACAGCAUUAUAUACCCUUUCAACAGGGGCUCAUAUCAACCUGUCAUCAUUCCAGACCACUCCCAGCCUCUGCUGAUCUGGGCAGCAGUAUCUGUUUCUACCCAAGCCUGAGUAGGAUAAAAUUAAUUCAGGGUUGGGUCAGGUUUCACCAGGGUAGGAAGAUUCAAUGCAAUCUCAUUAUCAGUGAUGUCCUUUUGAAGAACUUUGAAGCAGAAGGCUGGCAGGGUGGUGCUCUGAGUCUCCAAGACAGAUUACCAAGAGAAAUCAUUUUUCACACAGCGAACUAUCAAAGGAAUCCCAACUAUAGGCUGACUUUGUAUUACAUUACAUGCAUUUAAUGAGUCAAAUUCUUCAGUUUUUCUCUGGGAACAAAGCAUUUUUAGAAGUUACUGAAACUAUGGUAGCCUGAUUUAGCAAGUUACUGGUUCAAAGGUCUUUAUUCUCUCCUACACUUCAAUAAUUCUUAGAUAUAGGUAUUUAGGGUGGUCCAUUCUAGCCUUAUUUUCUAUCCUGGGUUUAUCUUCCAUUCUUCUCUGUUAUAUAUCUGAUAAGGGCGGGGGCCCAAGCCAAGAUCUUCACCCUUUGCCUCAAAGGGAAUCUGACUCACAGGCCCCAGACCCUCAUCU